AUCCCAGCGGCCAUUGCGUGAACAAAAUGGCAGCCCCCAUGCCUCGGGGGUUGUCUUGCUUAUCCAGGGCUUCGGGAUGGUGGUUACGGCAGCCAGUCCUGGUAACUCAGUCCAUAGCUGUAGUUCCAGUAAGAACUAAAAAACGUUUCAGACCCCCUACUUAUGAACCCAAAUACAAAACAGAAAAGGAGUUUAUGGAACAUUUCCGGAAAGCAGGAUUGGUCAUUCCUCCAGAACGUUUGGAGCGUCCCAUACAUCUAGCCUGCACAGCUGGUAUCAUUGAUGCCUAUGUUCCUCCUGAGGGUGAUGCUCGCAUGUCAUCUCUUUCAAAGGAAGGACUGAGACAGAGAACUGAGCGAAUGAAGAAGAAUGUUGCGUCACAAUUGUCAGUCCGGAAGAUAAAAGAAUAUGAUGCUAAUUUUAAAACAAAGGACUUCCCUGAAAAAGCUAAGGAUAUCUUCAUUGAAGCUCACCUUUGUCUAAACAACUCAGACCAUGACCGGCUUCAUACCUUGGUAACUGAACACUGUUUUCCGGACAUGGUCUGGGACCUCAAGUAUAAGACCGUCCGCUGGAACUUCAUGGAAUCUUUAGAGCCACCCCAGGUGGUUCAGGCUCGCUGUUCAAGUCUGGUGAACGUGAGCAACAUGUAUGGCCAGGUCACCGUACGCAUGCACACCCGGCAGACUCUGGCCAUCUAUGACCGGUUUGGCCGGUUGAUGUAUGGACAGGAAGAUGUGCCCAAGGAUGUUCUGGAGUAUGUUGUGUUUGAAAAGCACCUGACGAACCCCUAUGGGAGCUGGAGAAUGCAUGGCAAGAUCGUCCCCCCAUGGGCACCCCCUAAGCAGCCCAUCCUUAAGACGGUGAUGAUCCCUGGCCCCCAGCUGAAACCAUGGGAAGACUAUGAAGAAGCACAAGGAGAGGCCCAUAAGCCUCAGCUAGCCUGAUGGUAAAAAUUGACCUGUGGGGUGCAGCAUGGCUGAUGAGACUGCUGGAAGCUGUGAAGUCAUAUGUCUCCAUCAUGCUGUAGAAAGGACUACCUUUGUUCACUCUGCUUAGGCCUUUUCAGCAGCCUCAUCCUCAAUAGCCAUGGAUUAUGGCUGGGUGGUAUAUGCACAGCCAUGAACCCUCUUCUUCUUUAAAUUGUGUGUCUAGAUUCUGAGUCUAGAUGAAAGGCAGUAUGUUUCAGAGAACAUCUGAUGCCAGUUUUUCCCACAGCCCCUGCUGUGGGAGCAAACUGGCAGCAUUCCCUUUCUCAUCACAGGGCAGCGAUCAAAAACACUAUCGGGGUGCUGGACAAAUUUUGGUGGGUUCUAUACAUUUUCCCUGGUUCAGGCUAGGAGAAGACCAGCCUUCAAAUGGCAGAAGUGCAAGACGAGCCUAGCCAUGAGUAAUGUGACUCCCAGAAAAUCCAGACUUGGGAAGAAUAAUUAGUGUUUAUAAAAUAUGGUAUCAUUUAAGAGGGUCUUUUCUCAUGCACUGACUCACUGAUGAAUCGGCAUUUGUAUUUUAUAGAAGAACAUAAAUCCAAAGAAAUAAUUUA